UCCUCUCUGUGGGCUGUGCACCAACCGUGCAACCACCAUUUCACUGUGGACACUACUCCCUCUUACCGAUAUGGGAGACAUGGGCGAUCCACCAAAAAAAAAACGUCUGAUUUCCCUAUGUGUUGGUUGCGGCAAUCAAAUUCACGAUCAGUAUAUUCUGCGGGUUUCUCCGGAUUUGGAAUGGCACGCGGCGUGUUUGAAAUGCGCGGAGUGUAAUCAGUAUUUGGAUGAGAGCUGUACGUGCUUUGUUAGAGAUGGGAAAACCUACUGUAAGAGAGACUACAUCAGGUUGUACGGGAUCAAAUGCGCCAAGUGCAGCAUCGGCUUCAGCAAGAACGACUUCGUGAUGCGCGCCCGCGCCAAGGUGUACCACAUCGAGUGGCCGGAGGGCGGGGGUGGCCUGCAGGGAGAGCCGCCUGCAGAAAACCUAACCGAACAGCUCAGUGAAACUGCCCAGGAGGCCAACAGCAGAAUUCGGUGUAAUGAGGUCCAAGCAGACCUAAUGGUCCAGCCCCCAGAAGCAGAAAAGCAAAACACACCGCGAAGACAAUGGAGGGAGGGCAUUUGCUCAUUAACGUGUUGGGUGGGGUGGGGGCCUCGUUCACAGAACAUCCAGGGGAUGACAGGAACUCCCAUGGUGGCCGCCAGUCCCGAGAGGCACGACGGUGGCUUGCAGGCCAACCCCGUGGAGGUGCAGAGUUACCAGCCGCCUUGGAAAGUACUGAGUGACUUUGCCCUGCAGAGUGACAUAGAUCAGCCUGCUUUUCAGCAACUGGUCAAUUUCUCCGAGGGAGGACCGGGCUCGAACUCCACCGGCAGCGAAGUGGCCUCCAUGUCCUCGCAGCUCCCGGACACCCCCAAUAGCAUGGUGGCCAGCCCCAUCGAGGCCUGAGGACACGCACGCAGACGCAUUUUGUCCCUGUUGGAGACAGCGGGAGCCCAUCCCGUGGAACUCCGAAACACGAGUAUUUAACGACCCAGUCCAUGGAAACUGAAUUGAGGAAAUGAAUGCUCCAUGAAAUGCACGAAGUCUGUUUUAAUGACAAGGUAAUAUGGUAGCAACACUGUGAAGACAAUCAUGGGAUUUUACUAGAAUGAAAACAAACAACAAAGCGAAACCCGAACCCAACACACGCUAUCCAGUGACCUUAGGAGGACUGAGG